CAGCAUAGACGUUCUUUGUCUCACAUCUCUUUUAGUUUUCUUUUCUUUUAGUUUUCUUUUCUUUUAGUUUUCUUGUCUGUCUGUCUGUCUGUCUGUCUGUCUGUCUAAAGAGAUAGAUGUUGCUAUGGCUCAUCCCUGGAGCAAAGAUACCAUCAAGGGAGCGUCCACGACAUGUGGAUAUGCAGCAACAAAACGAGAGGCAAGGAAGGAAGUAAAGUAUCGCAAAGAAUCAUUACCAGAUGGUUCUAAGCCUUUUGUUACUCCUCUGGUGUUUGAACACUUUGGUCGUUGGGGACCCAAAGCAGAGGAAUUUUUAAAUGAACUUGCAAAGAAGUCCAAAGACAUGCUGGGAAGGAAAAAUGAAGCAGCGUUUAGAAGCUAUUGGAGAAGAAGAUUUUCUGUGAUUAUUCAGAAAUGUAACAGUAGAGUUGUUUUAAGAAAGCUAUCUAGGCUUUCAUUGAAUUGUUUGGAUGGACAAGACAAGCUAGAGAUGGACAAAGCCAUUCAUAGUUCUAUUCAUUAAUUAAAAUGAAGAACAGUAGGAAAGUAGAACUUUUAGUACUGCAGCAAGUGAUGUAA